AUGGCGGACCAUUUGUUCCUUCCUGACAACCCUCCGAGGCCCCUCCGGAUUGAGUACGACGGUCCGCUAUAUGAUGGCGGCGAUUGGGAUACGUUUCCCACUCGCUGUGGCUGGCUAGACGAAUCUGGAACAGAGAAUUUCCCUCCAGACGCCGUUCCUUCGGAAUACCAAUCCAUGAUGGAGUGCUGGCUCUACUUUGGCAUGUUGCACUAUAUCUUCGGCGACCAGUUGGACCAGUCUGAAUUUCUUCUCCGUGAGGAAGAGGGCGAUCAGUACAUCACAACAAGACAUCUGCAAAAAUAUGUUGAGGAUGUUGACAACUGGAAAAACAACGAAUUCGGGGCACGAUCCGUCGAGAUUGUGAAGAAAGUCCUCGAAAAUCUUCCCAGAUAUAUUCCUUGGAUACGUGAAAAGAUGUCCUUCGCCAUUCGGCUCGUUAGCCUUACUCUCUGGAAAAUUGUGAUCAAGCGAGAUGGCCCCCAGGAGGACCCUCGUGGUUAUAGACUGUGGUUUCUCACGCGAGAAGAGGCGAGGCAAAUGAUUAGGGAGGGAUGGUGUCCCCUGGAUACAGAGAAGUGUCAUUCUGCUGGUCUUGAACUGGACACGCAGGCGUAUCUGCGGCAACUGGCUCCUAGCAAAGCCAGGUGGAACAACAGGACCCAUGAGUCUUGUAAGAUGACAGAAUGCGUGGCGGAUAACAUCGAUGAGAGUAGCUAUGUCACUCGCCAUGUGCAAGAAGGCUGUAGCUGUUCGCUAGUCGACUCAGACAUUGAACAGUUACAUACAAUCCUCCAGGGCGGAGGAAUCCCUCUUGUGAUGAUCACACCUUCUAGUGACGAGCUCGGUAACCAGCAUUAUGAGCUUAAAGUCGUGAAGAAACGCACUGGCAAGCCAUAUGUAGCUAUCUCUCAUAUAUGGGCUGACGGACUAGGCAACCCUCGUGGUAACUCUCUCCCACACUGCCAAUUGGGAUUUCUUUACAAACAAGCAAAGCCCCUCCUCCAAGAUAAGGAACAUAUUCCUUACUACGAUGAAAAGACAUAUGGACCACUACACACUGGGGCUAUUCGACUUGCCCAUUUUGCAGUCAGUACAGCUCGUAUUAGAGACAAUUCUGUACUGGUGUGGAUUGAUACAUUAUGCAUCCCACAUCAAAGUGACGUUCGAAGUCUGGCGAUUCAGCGCAUCCGUGAUGUUUAUACCAGUGCUUCUCGGACACUGAUUCUUGAUUCGGGGCUUAUGCUACUCGACUCGUCCUCGUCUACUAAAUUGGAAGUUUGCCUGAGAGUGCUCUACUAUUCAGGCUGGAUUCGCCGGUUAUGGACGCUCCAAGAAGGCCUAGCUGCAAAGAACAAGCUAUAUGUCCUUUUGUCUGACAAGGCAGUCAACAUUGGUACCAUCCCAGAUGUCCUCUUGAAUAAGGCUGACCGAGGAGAAAUACCCAUCUGUCAAGACGGAGUUGCCACGACCGCUGUAAAUGCUUGGUACUGGUACUUUCAAUACGCCACCAACUAUGCAUCCCUGUUCGACCGCUAUGUCCUGAUUGGUAUAACCCAAGGCAAGGUAAUUGCUCGAACCUGGUUCAAUGUGGCUACACGAGCCUCCAGCAAAGACCGUGACCGUGCAACCGUCCUAGCGGGUCUCCUGAAUCUUGAUCUCGGAAAAAUUCUCGAGGUAAAGGAGGCCGAUGAUCGCAUGCGGACAUUAUACAGUAUGCUAGACGAGUUUCCCCAAGACGUGCUGUUCCUCGAUGGGCUACGGUUCGAAGAAGAUGGAUUGCGAUGGGCGGUCAAAGUAUGUCGAUAUACGCGCGUAUUUAGUCAACUUAUCCAUAAUGCCGGAAAAAUCACGCCUCGGGGGAUCCAGAUCACACUGUAUUCUUCAUUGAUCUUUCCAUGUUCCAAGAUGUUCAAUCUGGUUAAAGCCAACAAAUCUGAUCCUGACCAAAGACAAAGAGAUUUGGAGCAGUGGGCCAAUGAGUCCGAAUUUGGUCCGGACGGCCUUGGGACAGGCACGAAAGUCUUGCAUUUAGAGACGAACGAUCUGAUGGAUCUCAACUUGAACGAGACCUAUGGAAUUAUCUUGAGGUCGCCCCAAGGUCAUAUACUUCAUACAGUGACCGCGUGUGGAUUAGUGUCACUCCAGGCAACUGAAGAUGGAGUUCAUUAUGGGCGAUAUAUUACCCCGGGAUACAUCGAUGCUAUAACUCUAAAUAAUUCAGAGUUACCAGAUGAAGGCUUCCUGAUGCGAGGCACUUGGGAUGAUGUAUCAAGGCCUGAAUGGAUUGUUUGUUAG